CGCUUCCGGGCUUCCGCACCACUCGGGUGUGAGAGGACGGGCCGGAAGUGUCCCUCGCCGGAGCGGUGCGGAGGCGGACGGAUGCGGCUCAAAGCGGGAGGUUUGUCUAGGUGGAAAAGAGAAGGUACCCGGGGCUAACCUGCCUGGCAACAGGUCCACGCAUGCGUCGGCGCGGCCAGCGAGUUGCCCGGAGGAAGCUGAGAGGACGGCCUGGGCGAGAAGCCAGCCGUUUCCCGGAAGGGGCGGGGCCGGCGCCCGGGCGCGCGAUUCGAAAGUGCUCCCCAGCGCUCCUCCGCGGUAACGGGAAGCUCAAACAUUUAAGCUUUAACUUCAGCUUGAUAAACGGCAGGUGCUUGGAGGCUGCAGUGGUUUAUUAAACUUCACGCCAGCCUGGCAAGCGAUGCAAAGCCAAGGAGGAGGGGCUCUCUGGAAAAUAUCACAUAACUAAGGAAAAACAGAGAAGAGUCUACCUUAAUACACAGUAACUCAAGCUUUACCUUCUGGGAACCAACAGAAUGCUAAUAAAAGGAAUGAAGAGAAUCUUCUAUGAAUUAUCCUGAAGUAGUUUAUAAUUUUGGAGUUCUUCUGUCAAACUUCUUCUUCUUUUUUUUUUUUUUUUUCCUUUUUGUAAAGUGUGUUUGAAAUAACAUAUAAUCACCAGAAUGGGGGUGAAUGACUUGUGGCAAAUAUUGGAACCUGUAAAGCAACACGUGCACUUGCAGAAUCUUGGUGGGAAAACCAUUGCAGUUGAUUUGAGUCUGUGGGUAUGUGAGGCACAGACAGUCAAGAAGAUGAUUGGAACAGUCAUGAAGCCCCAUCUCAGGAACUUAUUUUUUCGUAUUUCAUAUCUAACACAAAUGGAUGUGAAACUGGUAUUCGUUAUGGAAGGGCAACCACCAAACUUGAAAGCCGAUGUCAUCAGCAAGAGGAAUCAUAUUCGCUAUGGGCCUUCUGGAAAAACAUGGUCUCAGAAAACAGGGAGAUCACGUUUUACGUCAGUCUUAAGAGAGUGCCUUGAUAUGCUGGAGUGCUUAGGAAUUCCCUGGGUCCAGGCUGCUGGGGAAGCUGAAGCCAUGUGUGCUUACCUCAAUGCCAGUGGCCAUGUGGACGGCUGCCUCACCAAUGAUGGUGAUGCUUUCCUUUAUGGUGCACAGACUGUUUACAGGAAUUUCACUAUGAACACAAAGGACCCACAUGUUGACUGUUAUACAAUGUCCUCUAUCCAGAGUAAAUUGGGCCUGGACAGAGAUGCUCUGGUUGGAUUGGCCAUACUUCUUGGUUGUGAUUAUCUUCCAAAGGGAGUCCCUGGAGUUGGAAAAGAACAAGCGUUAAAACUUAUACAGAUUUUGAAGGGUCAAAGUUUGCUUGAGAGAUUUAAAACAUGGAUUGAAAAAACUUCCUACUCUAUUCCACGACCAGAAGCAGCUAAAAAUUUGGCCCAUUGUUCUGUGUGUUUGCAUCCAGGCUCACCUAAGGAUCAUGAACAUAAUGGAUGCAAGUUAUGUAAAAGUAAUAAAUAUUGUGAACCACAUGAUUAUGAAUAUUUCUGCCCUUGUGAAUGGCACCACACAGAACAAAGCAGACAACUCAAUGCAAUAGAGAACAAUAUUAAAAAGAAAGCAUGCAGUUGUGAAGGAUUCCCAUUCUAUGAGGUUAUCCAAGAAUACAUUUUGAACAAGGAUAAAUUGGUGAAGCCAAUCAUAUAUCAGAGACCUGAUUUAUUAUUGUUUCAGAGAUUUACCCUUGAAAAAAUGGAGUGGCCCAAUCACUAUGCAUGUGAGAAAUUAUUGGUGCUUCUGACCCGCUAUGACAUGAUAGAAAGAAAACUUGGUAGAAAAAACUCAAAUCAGCUACAACCAAUUAGAAUUGUUAAGCCACGAAUCAGAAGUGGAGUUCAUUGUCUUGAAAUAGAAUGGGAAAAGCCUGAACAUUUUACUAUGGAAGACAAACAACCUGGAGAGUUGAUUCUACUAACAAUUGAAGAAGAAUCAUUGUUUGAUGCAGCCUAUCCUGAGGUUGUUGCUGUUUACAAAAAAAAGCAGUUAGAAAAUAAAGGGAAGAAACAAAAAAAUGUGAAGAUUAGGCCUAAAGACAACCUUCCAGAAGCAGAUAAUGUAGUAAAUCUUCAGUCACUCAUGACUUUAAAACUCACAUGUGGAACCUUCCCUCAAGGGAAUUCCAAGAUAAAUAUAGCAGUAUCUCCAGUUCCUAUUUUAUCACAGGAAUCUCCUCCCUUAUUGAACAGCUUGCCUUUAUCUGGAGACACUCCCCCCUGUUUGAGAAUGCAAGAACAGUUCAUGUCUUCUCCUGUGAAGCAGGAAUAUAGUCAACCCAAUACUUCAUCCCAUAAUUUAUCUGUGAUUGCUAAUCUACAUUUGAGUACCAUUGACUGGGAAGGUUCUUCUUUUAGUAAUUCUCCAGAUAUUCAAAGAAACACUCUCUUUCAUGAUUUUCAACCACAGCUUGAAUCAGAACCCUCAGCCAUCCCUCAUGGCUUUGAACACAUCUCAGAACAAUCAUCCUGUGAAUCAGAACAGUCUACCACAGACAACAGUAAAGUGUUAGGGAGGGUUCUUCAAAAGGUUAGUACUGAGGAACAUCUGCUUCCUAGCAUUACUGGUUUAUGUCUUCAGGAUUUGCCUUUAAAGGAACGAAUACGUAUAAAAUCAUUGCAUCCUCAGGAUAAUGGAAAACCAGCUGUUGACCUGAAAAGUUUGUCCUUACUGAAGGUAAAAGAAACUGAUAUUGGUGGUACUCAUUCUGAAUGCUCAUCAUGUUUUUCAAAGGAACUUCUAGGAAUCCAUAUGGAUAGUGAAUCCAAAAAUUGCAAAGUACUAAAAGAAAACCAGCUACUCCAAGAAGACUGUAACGUGAAGACUUCCAUACCUCAUUCCCUUGACAGCCCAAUAGUAAAGACCUCCAGUGUUCAAGUCGGGCUACCAAUGACUGCUUUAUAUCCUAAUGCAAAAGGUUCUAUGCAAAGUAAUAAAAUUGUCAUGAAGAAGAGCGUGUGCCUUGAGAGAGAUUCCUCUGAUGAAGAAAGUGUCCCUUUGUACGAGAAUGCUAAGUAUACAAUUCAGAAACUGAAGCACAUUUCUCAGAAGCAUAGCCCAGCCCAGCUCAAAGAAAGUGAGUCCAAGAAACUCGGUAACUCUAAGACGCAUGGUAAAGAAACUGGACCCUGUGCCAGGUCUUAUAGAACAGCUGGAGAUACAGAGGACAGUUGCUCAGACCCAACAAAAAGUACUUGGGUUUACCAACAAUGUCCAAAAAAAGAUGGUGACCCUGUGACUUGCUUGGAUAGUCCUCUUCCUUUAUGCCAGAGGUUAAAACUGAGGUUCCAAAGCACUUGAUGUGAAUUGUUAAAAUGACAUUUUUAUAAGAAAUUGUCUUAAUAGCAGAGCUGUCUCCUCAGGCUUUAACUUUUUUAAAUUCUAUUAACAUUAGCAGAAGCAGAGGAAUAGUAUGGUAGAAAAGUUUACUGUGGUUUUAUAUUGUGAAGUAUUUCUGUCAUUUUAAUCAAAAUUGUACUUUUAAAAUGUUAAAAGCCAGGCCUGGUAGUUUGUGGUUAUAGUCCUAGCACUUGGAAAGUAGAAGUAAGAAGCAGAGUUCAAUGUCAGUCUGAACUAUGUAAACUUCAAGGCCAGCCUGGGGUACAUGAGAUCUUUUCUCAAAAAAAAAAAAAAAAAAGCAAUAGAAAAGUUAAAACUAUGAUUAUAAAAAGGUGAGCCUCUAGUGACAACCUCAGAUAAUACAUAUUUUAAAUACUUUUAUCUUUGUUUGUUUUCAUGUAUGUUAGUAUUUGUUUGGGUGGAGAGGCUCACAUGUGCCAUGCAUACAUGUGGAGGCCAGAGGACAGCUCUGGGGACUAUCCUCAUUAUUCCACCUCAUUGAAGGUAGGGUUUCUCUCUGAACUUCACCUGGCUGUUCUUUUUGCUGAGAGCUUCUGGGAAGUUCUCCCAUAUGGCAGAGUGCUAUUAAUAUCUUAUUAGAUAGUAAAUGCUUGCCCAUUUGCACAUUUUUUGCUUCUUGUGCAAGCUUGUGAAGCAUUUCUGCAUAUUCUAGUAUAUUCCUAAGUGCACUCUUGUAAUUGUACUGUUUCUGUUGUACGUUGCUGAUGGUCAUAUUUUCUCUUGAUGUUAAAAUCCCUCUUUCACUUUCAGUACCUUAUUCUCACUUGUGAGAAGUAAAAGUGUGAAAGGAAAGGAUGAUUAUGAUGUGGUUGUGAUAAGUGAAUAAACUAAGGAAAGUUA